AUGGUGGUACCUCACAAGUCGGUUGUUAUCAUUGGCGGAGGAAUGUCUGGUGUUAAAACCGCUAUUGAUUUAUACAAUGGCGGUAUAAAAGAUACGCUUAUUCUUGAAGCAACAAGUAGAUUAGGUGGUCGUAUUCUAACUAUGAAAUCAUUGGAAAAACAAGGUACAGUUUAUGAUUUGGGUGCAAGCUGGUUUCAUGAUAGUUUGAAGAAUCCCCUUUUCGACAAAGCUAUUGCUUUGGGGGACGUUGAGUAUUAUUUUGAUGAUGGCAAGUCUAUAUUCUUCAAUGAGACUGAGCCAAAUAUUGAAACAUGGAAAUUUGACACUGUUGUUUCAGAGUUUUUCACUUAUUCGGCAUUACAGUAUACUGAUGACCCCUUGAAAAAAGAUAUGUCUAUUAUGGAAAUGUGUUUUGAGUAUUGUGAGGCUUUUCGAAAUAGGUUGAGCUCCCAUCAAUUGAAGUACUGUCCUAGUGUUAUUCGAAUGUGGGCUGAGUUAUGGCUUGGUGAAUCUUGGGAUAAAUUAUCAGCAAAAUACUCUUUGCAGGAAAAUUUUGAUAAUCAUUUGGGAAGAAACGUUUUGGUUAAGAGUGGAUAUGAGAAGGUACUAAUUAACGAAAUAAAAGAGUUGCCAAGGGUCUAUAGAGAUAGCUCUAUCAAGCUCAAUGCACAAGUUUGGAAAAUCGACUAUACCAGCUCAAACAAAAUUUAUCUUCAUUUAACUGACGAGAGAAGGUACAGCUGUGAUUAUUUAGUAAUCACUAUUCCACAAUCGAUUUUGAAAAUUGAUAACCCUAGAGAUCCAUCUUAUAUCCAAUGGGUUCCCAAAGUACCACAGUGUAUUGGUCUGGCACUUGAAGAUAUCAAUUUUGGGUCUCUUGGGAAAGUGGUACUAGAAUUCAAAGAGUGUUUCUGGCCUCGUGAUGUUGAUAGAUUUUAUGCAUUGACAAGUAAUGUUCCCAGUGAUAAUGUCAAACCAUGGGAUUUUCCGGCAUUGAUUAUAAAUUAUCAGUCGAUUUGUGAAGUUGCAUCUUUAGUCAUAUUGACUCAAAAUCCUAUAUCUCAAUAUAUUGAAGAUCUUUGUAAAAAGUCAAACCAGGAUAAAGUAUGGCUGCUCUUCAAACCGCUAAUUGCACAGAUCUCUGAUAACAUGGUAGGAAAGAUUCCAAAUCCAACGAACUUAUACUGCACACCAUGGAAUAAUCAUAUUUUUAGCAGAGGCUCUUACGGUGUUAGUUUGGUGGGUACAAAGGACCCAUCAAAAGUGAUUAGGAACUUUGUGGAAAGAGAUUAUGGUAAUGAAGAAAGAAUUAGGUUUGCCGGGGCGGAAACUGUGGAUGGGUCUGCUAAUGGAUGUGUUCAUGGAGCUUGGCUUAGUGGAGAAAGAGAAGCUAGUGCGAUUUUGAAAAUGAUUCAGAUGACUCCUGGGUCUAGUUAUAAACUGAAUCUUUGA